CUCUAAAAAGCAAAAAAAAAAAAAAAAAAAAAAAAAGAAGAAGAAGAAUAUGGACUGGGAGGCAGGAAAUGGGGAUCUCGCCCCACUUUGCCUUUCUGAGUGUGCCGUUCUGCGCUGAGCUUCCUCGCCUGGAGAGUUAGGCCUGAAGACCUGGAACCUUAACUCUAGCAUCUGUAGUACAAGCAUCUCUUGGUCCAAACUCCAAAUCCUCCUGCUCUAAGGCAGGCAGCUCACCCCGGCUUCUUGACCCCAUCACAGGCUUGCGAUGAGUUGGCCUCCUUGUCAGCUGCGUGAUACAGAGACUGACACUACCUUCCAGCUCCCUGAGGACAGUUGCUCCCGCGAUGCAUGUGGGAUGGGAGGCUGUGAUGGAAAAGCUGCCUCAGCUGAGCAGCCUGGGGCUGGGGGUGAGGGAAGAAGGAUGCCUUUUGUGCUCUCUCAGGCCCAGAGCCUGACCCACCCCUUUUCCUAGACGUGGGGUUGGGGUGGGAGGUACUUCCCUACCUGUGCUCCCACUCAGGCUGCUUGACGAGGUCAGCACCAUUUUCUCUCCUGACUUUAUGAAGUUUAUUUAUUUUUGUCUUUCUUACUCCUACUAAAGAGCUCUGUCUCAAGAUUUCCUGCCUAAACAUGGCACCUGCUCUAUAGCUAAGAAAUGAGGGGCAACAGAGCAGAGUGCCCCCCCACCAUGAAGUGGGCUGGGGGAAAAAAAUCCUUGAGAGCUGACUAGACUUGAGGUCCCUUCUAGAGCCCAGUGGAAUGCGCCUGCCUCUGGGCUUGAAGAGGAUUCACUUCCCCUCUGCCAGCCCUGAGGCCACAACCACUGGAAAAUGAUGUCACUCUUCCGGGCCAUUCCCCACCACAAGUGGCCUUUUCUUGUCUCCACCCUCAGGGCUGAAGCAGAAGAGCCUCAUGCAAAGGUGGCUCCACCCUUUUGGGGGAGUCACAAGGCUUCAGGCCACCUGCACCCCUUUAGGCAGACUUAAAGGGGCUGGAUUCUCAGGCCCCUGUGGCAGUUAUGGUUGACCCCAGCACGCACUGUAGAGAGGCUUCUGGGGAGCUGUUCACUGCAUCUGUGGCGGCAUGGUCCCAAAUCCUAAAGGAGGACAGACACUGGCCUGGGAGAGGCUGGGUGGGGGUUGAUUCUGGGAAGAGGUGUUUUUUUUUUUUUAUCGAGAGUUCUAGCAAAUGCCAUUAGCCCUGAGCACCUGGGCCUUCAGAAAAUAAACAGGAGCUCCCUCCCCCAUUCCUCUGGGAUGCUAGCAGCCCCUGGAUACAGGGUGAGGCUAGGGGACCUGCUCAUUCACAGAAGUAAGGCCUGUCACUGAUCAGCCUGCACGCAGCUGAGGGUGGGACACCUCCACCCCAGGGCAGUGCCCAGUCUUCAGUCUUCCAGCUGGGCACUCAGCUGCCCCGUCUCCUCCCAAGCCAGGGGUAGAGAGGGAUGAGGACCCAGGCCUAGAGUAGCUCACUGGCCUGGGCAUGGGGGCAUGAGCUAGAGCCAGCGCCAAACUGGCCCCACUGGGCAGCCCCUGGCUUUGGCCAGUGACUGCUCCAGGGGAGGCAAAUGCCUUCCCUUCAUCCUGUAGCCAGGCUGGGCAGGGUCUCUGGGCCUCCAGUUUGGAGCUGGGAAGCCCAGAAUUCGGAAGGGGAUGCAAUCCUGCCUCUGGAUUGCACAGCAGGCUGGGCUUCCUAGGAGGCCAGGGCAAACACCAACCUCCCUGCUGUCUGUCCCCUGGAAAAAGGUAGGGCGCCCCUGGGAAAAUUCCAUAGGCCUUGGGCCCUGGAAGUGAGUUAAUCUCUGGCCGCAGGUGGUGUGCAGAGAGGAAGAGUUGAUGCCCUCCCUCAGGGCGCUGGGGUAAGGGAUGGGCACUGGGUUCUGUCCCCUGCUGCAGAUUCUGUGGGGCUGGGGCCAGGUUCCCUAUCCACUAAGUUUCACUUUUGCACAGAGAGCAGAGCCCCUACCCUCUUCCCAAUCCCACCUGCCGACUCAGAUGCGAGAGUCCCCUGCUGACUCACCCUCCCCUCUGCGCACCCCCCAACACCAGCUCUCUGGAUCUCCCAGCCACGUGCCACCAGGCCCAACCCUGAUGAGCUGGUGCAACGUGACAGGGUGAGGGGGCUGGUGACACUUGAGGAAGAAAGGAGGGGGCCGGGCAGGGCGGGUGGUGGUGGGGGUUGCUGCAGACAGAGUGACAGACUGCAGACCCAAGCCGCCUCUGGGAGGAGGCCCUUUUGCCAGCCCCAGGGCCUGCAGUGGGGGAGGCUCAGCAGGUGGGAGGGGAGGGGCAUGUGGAGUGCCUGCCUGCCCCCUGCCUGCCUCGGCUGCAUCUCCUGUCAGCCUUCAGCUCUCUAAGCGACAGCUUCUAAUUCUGGCUGUUGGUGCCUCUGUGCUCCGCAGCAGAGUCGCAGCUUUUUUUCAUCUUUGCUAUUUCUUUUCUGCUCAGAACAUAUUGAGCCCACAGGCAAGUCAGAGCAAAGGCGCCAGGGCCUGAGACCUGGCAAUACCCCCUGCUCCCCACCCCCCACAGGUCAGCCAGGCCAGGAGUGGGAUGGCACUGCUAGCUGGAGCAACAGAGAGGGCUGCUCCUUCCAAAGAGGACCCUGCAAGAGGACCCAGUCUGGCGCCCUCUUACAGACCACGUCCUGCCCCAGCUCCUCUUCUUUCCCUGCACUGUCUCUAUCCGCCACAGAAAACAGGGACAUCAGUGAGGCUGAGAUGUCUCUGGGAGGCUCAGGGAGGAGGGGCAUGGCUCUUUGGGACCAGUGCCCCCUUCCAUGUUCCUGCUGCUUCUCUCCUCCACCUGGAGGUGUCACUGCCUGGCUUGUCAGGCUGGCCUGCCACACACAGAUUCCUAGGGCGCCCCCUCCCCUAGCCCUGGAAACAGUAAGAAGGGAAGAAAGAAAUUUCCUUCAUGCUACAAAAAAGGGAAAUUGAGUCACAAAAGAAAGAAAGCCUUCUCUUCUACUACCUGAGUAAACAGGGAGAACGUUUCUACAUCCUUCCUGGAGUUGGAGAAUCUAUACCCAUCCCGGGUGACACUGAGGAGGGACUUCCAGGUCUGGGAGUGGGAUUGGGCUUUCUGAGCUCUGAAAAACUGUGCAGCUCUUUUCCUGACACUCUCCAGCUUGCUGUUGCGUGCAGUCAGCAGGGCUGGUGUUAUGGGUUUCCUUUUGCAGAUGAGAGAAUGCAGGCCUGGAGCCACACUGCUAGUAAAUUCCUUCAAACUAGGACUUAACUCUGCUGUCAAAUACUGUGACCUUUCUGUGACACCAUGAGAGAAAAUCAACCAAAAGGAUAAAGGGGGGGGGGUUCACGAUGUACACACACAGGCAUCCAUCACAUGCUCCCCCCAGGAAAGAGAGGAGGGGGAGCCCCUGCUCCAUGUUGGCAUCCAUGGAGCCAGGGAGCUGGAGAGAGGAGAGGAAGGCUCACGGAGCAGGGCCUCGUGCCCUGUCUGCCCCUCCCUCAUCUGGGCCCACUGGCUUUUCCCAGAGGCCACACCUUCCCUCAGGCAGACCUGCUGCAAAGCUUCUGAUCACUGCUGUGCCCAGACUGAGGACACCUUUAUUCUUCCCUUAAUUUCCUGUCUUUCAUAGGCAAGGACUCCUUAAAGCAGCCCUCAACACUAUCCCCUCAAAGUAUUUUUCCUGCUUCCAUGCCCUUGCCUCAGUAACCCCAGCUGGAAUGUCUGCCUUGCUUAACAGCCAGAGCCCACACAUCCUUGAAGACCAUCUCAGAAGCCCUGUCUUCAGAAGACCCUAUCUCCCUUCUGCACCACUUCACCUUUUCAUCUAGGGAUGGUCUUGGUUUUGUCUUUAACAGACUUAUUCAGCCCCCAGGCGAUAAAUUCUUUUUUUUUUUUUAAAGUCCCAGUUUUGUCUUUUUGCUUAAGAGGGGUCUCUUCUAUCCAGAACCAAACUUCCCCCUCUGUACUUCCCACAGCUGGAAACUCAAUACCGGGCUCAUGACAAGUCUCAGUAAAUUCUGUGGUCGCUACCUGACUCACUUCUUACUUCACAAAUAUCCAUUCCAACUCUACACACCCUCCCACCCUCUGCAGCUCUGAGGCGCUCUGUCUCCCCUCCACCAAGGCCUGCGCACCCCUCCCUCGCCCCCAGAGCAGAGCAGCGGGCCAGGGAGAGGGUAUGUAGUGGUUUUCCCACGCCCUAUAGACUCGUGCUCUCUUCUUCCUCUUAGAAGGGGUCAGCUAGUGGUCACGGUCAGAGCUCUGUGGUCUCAGAGUUGUUUUCUGCUUGAGAGGGAGACGGGGACCCUGGGGGGAGCCCUGCAUGUUCCUCACUCUUUCUGGGGCGGCAGCGAGGAGGAGUUGCUAACGCGACUGCAGCAUUUCCAGAUCCCAAGGCUCCCGCUUCAGUCGCUGCGUCUCGGCUCUGGCAGCUUCUCAGGAGCUGGCAGGCGGGCACGUUGUCGGGGUUGGAGACGUCUGAGAUUGGAGCGUGCACUUCUCCACCCCCAGCCCUGAGCCGAGUGAGCGUGUGCGGAACAAUUGUGUGUGCGUGAGUGAUUCGCUUCGAGUGGCACAUCGCAGGCAGGCUGAGCACCCCCAAACCGGCGCAGUGCAAGUACCCCCUCCUUCGAUUUGGCGAGUGAUUUACUCCCGGUCUGCCUUUCGCCGCCAACUCCAGCUCGCUUAUGGUCCAAUUCUGCUUCAUGGGGUCCCAUUUCCCUCCACCCGUACCGCUAGGGGCGGCCCUCGUCUUCCUCGACGGGCUCGGAGUCCGCUAGUUUCUAAGGAGCCCAGGACACCGACUCCGCUAGGGGUGGAGGGUGGGGAGAGAAGACUGUGACUUUGGGAUUGGCCCGGUCGAAUGCAUGUGGCCCCCUGCGUGCAUCCCCAGCCCAGCCCCCGCCGCCGCAGCCCCGGGGAAGCGCGGAGGAGGAGCUGCUCCCCGACGUCUUGGCCCGGGAGGGGGGUGGUCAGGGGUGGUCUCUGCCGCCCCGUCAGUUUUUGCCCUGACUGCCUGCCCGCUUUCAGGGCAGGUAUUGCCAUGGAGACCCCUGAGGCUAUAAAGCCAGGUACCCAGCCGGGCUGCCGCUCCCUUGCCGCCGAGCCCCCCAAGUAUGGAGCAAGCGCCCUGGUGUGGCCCGGCCCCCGCUAGAGGGGAGGAGGCGGAGAAGCGGCGCCAGCAGAUUGAGGAGCGGCGCGCCCCGCCAGGGCUGGAGGCAGCCGCGUACGGCUGGCGCCACCGUCUCAGCAGGGGAGCGGGGCUGCCCCGGCUGCCGGUGAGUGGCGCGGCUUCCAGCUACGAGGGACUGAGGGGCACUGGACAAAGGGAAAGCAGCGGAAGAGUCAGGAGGGUCCGGAGCUUCGGCUCCCGUCGUCUUGUGGCGGGUCAGGCGCGGACCCCGGAGUAGCGCGCAAUCUACACCUCCAGGCGGGAAGCUCGGGGAAGGAGCAGUGAGACGCCAGGCGUGCUGCCCAGGAACGGCGAGGCAGCUGGAGGACAGAGCGGGAAGCUCAGGACCUUCCGCCGCCACCGCCCACGCGCGGAGGGAGCCAAACGCUAGCGCCGCGGAGGCCGGAGCCCGGAGGGGCGCAGGAACAGGGGCGCCCCCGUGCGGAGCUGCCGGGCCGCCUGGACGCGGCGGCCGAGGCCAUGCUCAAGCCCAAGGACCUGUGCCCCCGAGCGGGAACGCGUACCUUCCUGGAGGCCAUGCAGGCAGGCAAAGUGCACCUAGCUCGCUUUGUGCUGGAUGCGCUGGACCGCAGCAUCAUCGACUGCCGUGCGGAGCAGGGCCGCACGCCGCUCAUGGUGGCGGUGGGCUUGCCAGACCCCGCUCUGCGCGCGCGCUUUGUGCGACUACUUCUGGAGCAGGGUGCGGCCGUGAACCUGCGGGACGAGCGCGGCCGCACGGCGCUCAGCCUGGCGUGCGAGCGCGGCCACCUGGACGCCGUGCAACUGCUGGUGCAGUUCAGCGGCGACCCCGAGGCGGCUGACUCCGCGGGCAACAGCCCAGUGAUGUGGGCGGCAGCGUGCGGCCACGGGGCGGUGCUCGAGUUCCUGGUGCGCUCUUUCCGCCGCCUCGGCCUACGCCUGGACCGCACCAACCGGGCGGGCCUCACGGCGCUGCAGCUGGCCGCCGCCCGCGGCCAUGGGACCUGUGUGCAGGCCCUCACCGGGCCCUGGGGCCGCGCGGCCGCCGCCGCUGCGGCCCGGGGCUCCAACUCCGACAGCCCCCCUGGCCGUCCGGCUCCCGCGCCCAGCCCUGAGCGCCGACGACCCAGCCCCCGCCGCCUACCGCGGCCUCUCCUGGCGCGCUUUGCGCGAGCGGCGGGCGGCCACGGCCAUGGCCACGGCGGUGAGGCUGGCUCAGGGGGAAAGGGCUUCGGCCGGCACCGGGCACAGGGCAGCGAGCGGCCGGAGCUAGGCCGGAGCAUGAGCCUGGCGUUGGGUGCCGUGACCGAGGAGGAGGCAGCUCGACUGCGGGCGGGAGCCGGGAUGGCCCGACCACACUCGCCCCAGUCUUCGGGGGCUGGGCGGUGGCGUUCGCAGGAGGUGCUGGAGGGAGCGCCCCCAGCCUUAGUGCAAGCCCCCAUCGGCCUUAGCCCCCACCCGGAGGGCGGCCCCGGCUCUGGCCGCUUGGGUUUGCGCCGACGCUCCACAGCACCAGACAUCCCCAGCCUGGUCGGAGAGGCACCUGGGCCCGAGGGCAGCUCGGAAUUAGAGCCCAACUCUCUGCCCCAGUCAGAGCCUGGGCCUCAGACCUGGCAGGCAGGCACAGAGGCCGUGGUGCUGCACGCUCAGCGGUAAACAGCCUUGAGGCCCAAACGCGCUCCCCUCACCUUCCCGUCUCUGCUCCACUGGGAUUUCUUUUUUCCAGGUCUCUUAUUUUUAGGGCAGUUUCCCACCCCCUGAUCCUAGAACCUGUCCUCCAACCAAGGCGAGACCACCAUCUGCUCUCUCUCUCAAAGGGACCCCCAUCUUAUUUCCUUUUUGUGCUUAUUGGUAUUCCCUGACCAAGUCUCUCACCUUCUUUAAAGGCCUGCCCUUCCUGUCACGGAAGCAGGGAGUAGAAGACUGGUUCCAUCCGCUGCAGCCUCCCAAGCCGGGCCUCCUUCCCUCAGCCCUAAUGCUCCGACCUGAGUGCUUCCGGUUUGGGAAGGGGAGUUUCCUUCCCCUUGCCCUUGCCAGGUUUUUCUACACCUUUGUCAGCCAGGCGGGCAGGAGAGUUGACCUGUAGAACAAAGGCCUAGCCUCUCCCAGCCCACCCUCCACCCCAGUGAUGCUGACUAUAGUACCCACAGGACUUAAGUCUCCCUUCCCCUUAGGUAUUGGAGAAGGGGAGCCAGGAGACGGGCCCCAGAGCCUCUCUCCACAGAAGAGAAGGAAUUUGGAGGUUAGAUUUUUUUUCUGGGGAAAAACUGCCUCAAGACCUUAAAGAAUAUUUUUGGGGUGGUAGGAAGGUCAGUUGUCCCUUGAACCAGCUUCUGGGUAAUUCCAGCUUACUCUGCCUCAGCCCAAGGCAGACCCUAGAUUCAACUUCAUUGACCAUGUGGGGUCAUUGUCUCCCGCCAACCAUUAUCCAGCCCAGCGCAGCUCUGGGCUCUAGAGCCUAUUUCCUCUCACUCUCUGAAGCCUGAAAUGGAAAGGAUUUAGCACUUCCCCCGCCCCCACCCCCUCCCAGCUCCCCCGUCCUGCACGUGGGUGCUCCCGCAGGGUAGAAUGGUUGCAAAGGCUUUAAUUGUAUUUCUUCCAACCCUCAAAGAACUUGUGUUUUGAGUCUUUGUAUAUGAAGCAGAAAGCAGCGGGUCUGAUCCGAGGCUUAAGAACCUGACAACGUCUCUUUAAAUAGAAGCUCCGCGAGGGGGAUAAUUGACUGAAGUGUUUGCCACGUUAAACGGGCGGCGCGCGGGAGUCUGAAGCCCACACGAGCCGCAGGUCCGAGUUUAAAUUACAUCAAACUCCGGCGGUUGCUGGAAGGGGGCUGUUAAACGGUUCCUGCUUCUCGCUGAGCCGUUAAUGGAGGGCAGGGCGGAUGAUGGAUGCUAGAGGUCGAAACCAAGGACCCCUGCCUUUGCCCCAACGCGUGGGACGCUGGCCCGGCCCUGCUUCAGUACUGGGCAGAUUAGUGAGUCAGAGGCCACCGCGGAGAGAUGGUUAACGGCCCUUUUCGGGCCUGGUCUUUUGUCCCCUCUGUCUUCGCCCCCCGACUCCUCUUUGUGCCCGCCUAGCGAGAAGGGUCGAGGGCG